GGCUGUGGGCAGAGCCCCUCCAGGACCUGGCAGGCCGGCUACAAGGUCAUUCCCCCUCCCUUUGGGGCCGUGUGCCAGCCUGGCUGGUGGAUGUGAAGACACGCUGGAGAAGACAACAAUGCUGCCUACAACCGUUGGCCACCAGUGGAGAAGCAGGUUCCUCAUGAGGUGGCAAGAGGCUUGUCUGCUUGGCUGUUGGCUGUCACUAUGUGCUGCAGAGUCCUUCUUUGCUUGUCCUUCCUCCUGCAAGUGUAACAGUGGCAACCUGGAAGUGGACUGUAGUGGCUUGGGCCUAUCUUCCAUCCCCUCAGACAUCCCCACAAACACCAGGACCUUCCUCUUUCUCAACAAUAAACUCAGCAUCCUGCCAGGAGCAGUGUUUUCCAACCUCUCUGCCCUACAGAGGCUGGAUCUAUCCAACAACUUCUUGGACCAGCUCCCUCAGAACAUCUUCAGUGACCUGGGGAACCUCACAGAGCUCCAACUGAGGAACAACAGCAUCCGGGCCUUGGACAAAGACCUGCUACAACACACAGCCCUGCUGCGCCAGCUAGAUCUGUCCAUCAACGGCCUGGCUCAGAUACCCUCGGGCAUCUUUGAUGACCUGCCUGCUCUCCGCUCCCUCUCUCUCAGGUCCAAUCGCCUGCAGAGCCUGGACAGGGUGACAUUUGAACCGCUAACCAGCUUGCAGCAGCUCCAAGUUGGGGACAACCCCUGGGAAUGUGACUGCAACCUCCGAGACUUCAAGCACUGGAUGGAAUGGUUCUCCUACAGAGGUGGGAAAAUCGACCAGCUGGCCUGUACCUUGCCCAAGGAGCUGAAAGGGAAGGAUAUGCGGAUGGUGCCCAUGGAAAUGUUUAACUACUGCUCCCAGCUGGAUGAUGAGAACAGCUCUACGGUGCUGGACAAUACUGGCCCACCCUGCACUAAAGGAAGCCCGACUCCUACCAAAUCUAAAUCGGGCCCAGAAACAGAAGUGGAGCCCAGUGUGGGAUGCCCUCAGAAACAGCGCUACCGGCCCGUGAGCGUGCGCCGGGCUAUCGGCACUGUGAUCAUCGCAGGGGUUGUCUGCGGCAUUGUUUGCAUCAUGAUGGUGGUGGCAGCUGCUUACGGCUGCAUCUAUGCCUCCCUCAUGGCCAAGUACCACCGGGAGCUGAAGAAGAGGCAGCCGCUCAUGGGUGACACAGAAGGUGAACAUGAAGAGCAAAAACAAAUCUCUUCUGUGGCAUGAAACUCUUCUAGGAAGGAAGGGACAGCAAUGAACAAAGGUACCUGAGAGCAGUCAAGCAUGGGGUCCUCCCCAAAUACAUCUUCACAGACAGACAGACUGUGCUAUUGCUCCACUCACCCAAGUAGUGCAACAUGCUUCUGGGGGGUCAGGGCACCUGGCUCAUUUUCUGUUCCUCUGCCCCAGGCCCAUUUUGUGCCCUUUCACCCUUGGGCCCUCCCAGACAAAUAAAGUAGAGUCAGACCUCGA